AUUGCUAUGGGCAGGCCCCAAUAACAUAAUAGUACAUUGCACAAAUGUAUAUUUUUAUAAUAAUAAAGCUUUCAAAUUAUAAGAUGAUGUAGUUCUAUUUCUUCCUCUUCAUUGCAGCUCUGUGCCUCCUCACUUAUCAGCCAAUGAUAAAAAGUAAAACUUUGUAUCAUUGGCUGAUAAAAAGUAAAACUAGUUUGUUGGUUAGAAACUACCUUAAAUGGCCUUGCAAUUCACCUGUGCAGCAGGGAGCGGUGCUUCUCUGCAGAGGGAGGUGCUUAUCUGAUUGUGGCUUGGACAGGCAGCACCCCAUAUAAACUGAUGAGAGGAAAACUCAGCAGCAGAAGACUCUUUGGUCAGGAACUAUUUGCACCACUAUUCAAGACUGCAAAAAUGUCUUCCACUUUGCAAGGAGCCAUGGAAGACCUUAUCAAGGUUUUUUACCGCUACUCAGGAAACGAAGGUGACAAGUACAAGUUGAACAAGAAGGAGCUGAAGAAGAUGCUUCAGGAAGAACUCUCAGAAUUCCUGAAUGGUUCAAAUGAUCCUGCUGUGGUUGAGAAGAUUAUGGCUGGCCUAGAUGACAACAAAGAUGGUGAAGUGGACUUCCAGGAGUUUGUGGUUUUGGUCGCUGCGCUGACUGUGGCUUGCAAUGAGUUCUUUGUGGAUUGUCUUAAAGAGAGCAAGGGCUCAAACUAAGCUGCAAAGUUGGUUAAUGACAUUGAAGCUGACAGGAUAUACAAAUGUAGAAGUGGUGUAUAUCCUCACAUCAUCUCAGAAGAUGGCCAAUAAUUUACAUUUACCUGUCCAUCAUUGGUCUGUCAUCUUCAAUAAAAUAUAGUGUUUAACCAUGUGUCCAUGAGU